CUAUGACGCAACCCCGGUUCCGGAAACCGCCAUCUGCAAAGAACUAGGAGAAAGAAAGGCGAAGAAGAAGAGUUAGGCUUGGACUGGAGUCGGAUCUCUUAGGCGAGGGCGAAAUAGAUCGCAUUGGAUAGCAUCCCACUGUGGAGAAAGGAACAAGAAGAACGUUUGAAACGACAGAAAGGAUUGGUGCUCGUAAUUAGUCAUGAUACAUAGAUGGCGAAAGAGGGAGAACUGAAGGAGGAAAUGUUUGAAUAUUGAAAGGGUUUUAACAGAUCUCGACGUCGGCGGCGUCGAUGGCGUCAGAUCACGCAUCGGAGAACGGCGUGGAUGGUGACGACGAGAGGGAGGAGGAUGAUGAUGAGGAGGAGGUAGAGGAGGAGGCGGUGGAGGAAGAGGAGGAGCCGCGGCUUAAGUACCAGAGGAUGGGCGGGAGCUUGUCAUCCCUUCUUUCAACCGAUGCAGCGGCGUCUAUUGCCAUCGCUGAGCGGAUGAUCGCCCUCGGAACACAUGAUGGUACCGUCCAUAUACUUGACUUCCAGGGAAAUCAGGUCAAAGAAUUCUCUUCUCAUAGUGCUACUGUCAAUGACAUUUGCUUUGAUGCAGAAGGUGAGUAUGUCAGUAGCUGCUCAGAUGAUGGAUCUGUGGUUAUAAACAGCCUCUUUACUGAUGAAAGAAUGAAAUUUGAGUAUCAUCGUCCAAUGAAAAGCAUAGCUCUGGAUCCAGAUUAUUCUCGAAAAUCCACUCGUAGAUUUGUUGCUGGAGGUUUAGCCGGCCAGCUGUUCUUGAACUCAAAGACCUGGCUAGGUUACAAUAAACAGGUUUUGCAUGAUGGUGAGGGUCCAAUACAUGCUGUUAAGUGGAGAACCUGUCUGAUUGCUUGGGCCAAUGACGCAGGGGUGAAAGUUUAUGACAUGGUCAAUAAUGUACGUGUCACUUUUAUUGAAAGGCCACGUGGAAGUCCACGUCCUGAGCUUUUGCUUCCUCAUUUGGUCUGGCAGGAUGACACUUUAUUAGUAAUUGGAUGGGGCACAAGUGUAAAGGUUGCUGCAAUAAGAACUAACUCGCUGGGUGUUAAUGGAAUACAAAAAAGUAUUCCGACAUCAAGUGCAAAGUAUGUUGAUAUUGUGGCUUCUUUUCAAACCACCUAUUACAUAUCUGGUAUAGCUCCGUUUGGUGAUGCUCUAGUUGUACUGGCCUACAUUCCCGAGAAGGUGAAUGGGGAAAAAGAUUUCAGUAGCACUAUGCCCUCACGCCAGGGAACUGCACAAAGGCCAGAAGUACGGAUUGUGACAUGGAAAAAUGAAGAACUUACAACUGAUGCUCUCCCUGUGCACGGUUUUGAGCAUUACAAAGCUAAGGAUUAUGCGCUAGCUCAUGCUCCAUUCACAGGAAGCAGUUAUGCUGGUGGUCAGUGGGCUGCUGGUGAUGAACCAUUGUAUUAUAUUGUUUCUCCUAAAGAUGUUGUUAUUGCAAGGCCUAGAGAUGCUGAAGAUCAUAUCGCUUGGCUCCUUCAACAUGGUUUUCAUGAGAAGGCUUUGGCCGCAGUUGAAGCAGGGCAAGGAAGAAAUGAGCUUCUUGAUGAGGUGGGAUCCAGAUAUCUUGAUCAUUUGAUUGUCGAAAGAAAAUAUGCAGAAGCAGCAUGUUUGUGUCCUAAAUUACUUCGUGGUUCUGCUUCAGCAUGGGAGAGAUGGGUUUUUCACUUUGCACACCUGCGGCAGCUUCCUGUUUUGGUUACUUACAUGCCUACAGAAAAUCCGCGAUUGAGUGAUACUGCUUAUGAGGUAGCACUUGUUGCAUUAGCAACUAAUCCGGCUUUCCACAAUGUCUUACUAUCUACUGUUCGGUCAUGGCCGCCAACCAUAUAUUCCUCCUUGCCAGUUAUUUCUGCAAUUGAACCUCAGAUUAGUACUUCCUCUAUGACUGACUUACUGAAAGAGGCAUUAGCUGAAUUAUAUGUUAUUAACAAUCAGUAUGAGAAGGCCCUUGCAUUAUAUGCUGAUUUAAUGAAAUCGGAGAUAUUUGAUUUCAUUGAGAAAAAUAAUCUACAUGAUGCAAUUCAUGAAAAGGUUGUGCAACUGAUGAUGCUUGACAGCAAAAAAGCAGUUCCUUUACUGAUCCAUCAUCGUGAUAACAUUCCUCCUUCUGAAGUAGUUGAACAAUUGCUGAGUGCUCAUAAAAAUUGCAAUGCUAAAUAUUUUUUACAUUUAUACCUUCAUUCAUUGUUUGAAGUUGAUGUUAAUGCAGGAAAAGAGUACCAUGAUUUGCAGGUAGAGCUUUAUGCUGACUAUGAGCCACGAAUGCUACUGACAUUUCUUCGUUUAAGUCAGCAUUACAAAUUAGACAAGGCAUAUGAUGUAUGUGUCAGAAAAGGUUUGCUGAGAGAACAAGUCUUUAUAUUAGGAAGGAUGGGCAAUGCUAAAAGGGCUCUUGCCGUUAUGAUAGAUAAAUUGGAAGACAUAGAGGAGGCUGUGGAGUUUGUAUCUAUGCAGCAAGAUGAUGAAUUGUGGCAGGAACUAAUCAAACAAUGUCUACGCAAACCUGAAAUGGUUGGAAUGUUAUUAGAACAUACAGUUGGUAAUCUGGAUCCGCUUUAUAUUGUGACCAUGGUGCCUGAUGGACUAAAAGUACCUCGGUUGAGAGAUCGCUUGGUGAAAAUCAUCACGGAUUACCGAACAGAAACCUCUCUAAGGAAGGGAUGCAAUGAAAUUCUCAAGACUGAUUGUGUUAACCUUCUGAUAAAGUACUACAAAGAGGCUCAGCGUGCAGUAUGCAUGGGAAGCACAGAAGAGGAAAAACAUUCCAAGGCGGCGGAGAGCUCAUCAACCCUGGAGAGCCAACGAGGAUCAUCAAAUGCUGGAUCCAUUGAAUUGAAGUCAAGAAUAAGGGGAAGCGGAAGGUGUUGUUUGUGUUUUGAUCCUUUCUCAAUCCAAAACGUCUCUGUCGUUGUGUUCUUCUGUUGCCAUGCAUAUCAUGCCACCUGCCUCGCUGGUAGCUCAGAUUCGUUUAAUAUGGGAACUUAUGUUACUAAUAGUGAUGACAAGGAUGAUGAUGAUGAGGAUGCUCCCGCUGGGGGAUCACAGGUUCGGUGUGUCUUGUGCACAACAGCUGCCGGCUGAGUGACUGUUUCUCUCUAGUGUUUUGAUGAGUGUUUCUCUCUUUUGUGCAAUUCUUCUUCAUUCAGGCGGUUUAUUUAAGUAGUUUGUGCAACAUUUUUCACUGAGAUCACAAUAGAGAAAAAAGAAUUUACUAACUGUGAAUCUCUUUGGCCCAAUAUGUGGAACGAGGGCCGCCCUGUGAUUGCUUAUCGUGAUUAGUUGAUUCCUUGCUUGCAAUCCAAGCUGAAAACUCUCUUUGAAA